AUGGAGGAAGUACCAGCCAGUCCGGAAGUGGUAAAGCGAAAAAAGCGCCACAAACACUCCUUCAAUCGUUUAGCCCUUCAUCAAGCGCAAAACGACGCACCCGGCACGUCUGAAGCUUCACGGGACCCCAGUACCGAUGAGGAAUCUAAUCCACCACCGGAACCAAGUGCAGAAUGUCCCGUCGUUGGCGGUGUGCCAAAAGCUAACCUCUUAGCCUUCUACUUUAAUGACGACACAGGCGACCGGUUCGAAACGGUCACCGGCGAUCCACUGGCCGGUGCGCUUUUGCUGGAACAAGCAAAUGCCAUUCGUGUUAGUAAAGUGCCUUCGCAAGAUUUAGAUACUGACACGUUCGGAGAGUUUCUGUCCGUCGCCGAGCUGGAGAGGCGGGCCAAUGUCGCCGCACCGCAAACGGUGGAGGCUGAAACGGUGGAAAUAAAACAAAAUAAUUACAGUUUCACGCAGUUAGAGAUCGACACACAACUGACGGGAAUGUUGAACGCGGCUGAGAGGUUAGAGAACGAUAAUAAGGAGCCAGAUCAUUUUGCUCCCUUCCCCAUUAUGGAUACCGUGGCUUCAAUUGAGCGCGAUUUCGACUCGGACGAAGUGGAAGAGAUUGACUUUACGCUGAUAAAUUCAGAAUGCUGCCGGCGAAAGGUGCUUCAGUUGCAGGAUCACAUUGCCAGUCCGCCAAUGGCCGUACAACGUCAACCUACGGUUCGAGUUUAUGAGAAUGUUAAGCGCAAACUAAAAGCACGCCGGUUAAGCUAUAGAUCGGACGAAUCCUCCCGAACCGGACACCACUCGGUGUCGGAUGAUGAAUCCUUAGGUGGUUCCGAAAUAUCCGGUGCAACGUGCAAUUUUGAGAGUGAUGGAGAAACGUCACUGGAUGGUGCCGAUGCCCUCCAGCACACCAGUGUCCACAUUCAGGCAAAUCUCACCCAAUUAUCUACCUUCUUUUCGCAAGUCGUCGGUGGUGCAAGUGUUGCCGGUCCAAACGAAGAAGCAGAAGCGAAUAAGAAAGAAAAGCAGUUGUCCGAGUCCAUCGAACGUGAGCCUACGUUCUACGGGUUUACAGCUGAUUUGUCCUCACAAAUUUCACUGACAACCCUUGAGCCAGCUUCACCAAUGUUGCUGUCAUUUCGUUAUUCGUUUGAUAGUUCCAGCGAGGACGAAGUAGGAACACCAUUCGAUGACGAUCAAGCGCACGGUGACCUUGCUGAUCCGAUACCAGUAACACAGUUGCUGGAAGAGGACACCGAUUUGCUAUUGUUUGGUCAACAUUCUGAAGUCCCACAGUUGUUCGAACCUCCAAGCACCACAAUGUGUUGUGUCGAAAAAGUAGACCCUGAACAAGUGACACUGCAAAAUCGGACGCUUCCGGAACCUCCCGUGCACGUUGGAUUCGUUACCGCCCGUGGAAGUUCGAUUGCCAUCUCGAGUGCGGCUCUUCAGAAGGCGAAAGCACUUUUUGCUGAGGAGGAAGCCAAAUAUAAAGAGGACAUACAGGUCUCUCUUGAAGUGGAUAUGAAACCCAAAAUCGAGGAUCUACAGGCAUCGGAGGGAAGCGUGGAAGGGGCCAGUGAACGAAAGCCAGCUAUAAACCCGAUGCCACAUUUCGCUGGCUUCAGCACCGCUGCUGGUAAUGCAAUAGCCAUUUCGGCGAAAGCUCUCGAAAAAGCAAAAUCUUUCUUCGCCGAUGAAGAAGUACCGAUGGACAAUCCAAAUAUGUUCCUUAAAACAGAACCCACUGAUACCGGCGGGGGAUUCAGUAUGGCCGCGGGUAGUUCAAAGUCGGUGCCGACUAACGCCCUACACAGGGCAAAGCAAAUAUUCGGGCAAGAGGAAGCGAAGGCCAGUGGUACGAUACACGAAACUCGUUAUGGCGGAGGUUUCAGUACUGCCAGCGGUAGUAAGAUAUCCGUUUCGGAGAAGGCACUCGAAAGAGCGCGGGCAAUCUUUAACGAAGUAGAAAAUGAAUGUGAAACUGUUCAAGGAGCACCAACGUUAGGCGAGUUCAGUACAGCCGCCGGAUCAAAGGCGCCGGACGGCAAAAGAACGGUGGAAAAUAUGCCCACAGCGCACCCAGAGCAAGAGCAUUAUGGUGCCCUCCCAAUGUUUAAGCGGGCAAGCGGUACGGCCAUCACCGUGUCGAGCCGCUCCCUGGAGAGAGCGAAACAAAUGUGGAGCGAUUUCGACCGAGAAAAUGAACCACCCGACACACCGAAGGCAUGUUCCCGUGUAAAGGAGCUUCAUCACCUUGCAUCGGGUGCAAAAAUUGGCCAAGUCAAGCCUCUGACGGAGCGUGUUGAAGUGCGAUGCGAUUCUCCUCACCGAGUCGCUGACCGCAAACGUAAACAUUCGCCGGAUCCUCGAACACCGACGAAAACGUCGAAACUCAAUCCGACCGUGAUGGGACAACACACGAGCACUCCAGCGGCCACACUAACUUCCACAGCGGCCGCCGUGCACGAUGUUGAUCAGUACUUUGCCGCGCUCGAUGAUAGUGAAUUUCAUGAGCUGUUCAGCAAAGCGGAAACGCUUCCCAAGACGCAAACCAUACCGACGGUUGACGGCGGUAACGCUAAAACCAACAAGUCUUUUGGCGGUAUCUCUUGGGACGAUAGCUUCCCCGAGAUGCUGUUACCGAAGCUGUUGGCAGAGGAACCGGUGUGUGGUCCACCGGAAGCCGUUCGCAGUGCGCGUCUAGUGGCACUGCAGAAGCAGCGCGAAUUUGUGGAAAACAAACCGGUCACGUUGUGCCGUCCGGUGGUGUCACUGUUCUGUGCCAAAAAGCUACGGAAGGAUCGUAUUCCGAUGGAACAGUUUGUAGGGCACGGCACCCGGCCGGAAGCAGCUUCGGUUGUGACUCCCGCGAUGGAUGUCACGGUGGAGAACGCGAUAGAUUUUCGGUUCAAUAUGAUUGACCUUUACGGAGAAACUGUAUGCAAUAGUAACGUUACGGGAGUGCCGCUCGGGUCCGAAGGGGAAGCCUGUUUGCUGCUCGGCCAACAUUCGACAGUCGGUUUGGAGGAAUUAAAAUUGGCCUUCCUAGCCACACCCGGCAUCGACCCAAGGCUGGUGCCGUGCGGUUGGGUGGAAAACGCUUGGCGGUGGAUCGUUAGCAAACUGAGUGCUUUGGAGCGUAACUUUGGCAAUCGGUUCACCGGUGUCCUCACUCCGGACAAUGUCUUUCAGCAGCUGCAGUACCGGUACCACCGCGAGAUUGACCUGUCGCAGCGGUCUUCGCUGAGGCGAAUGCUGGAGAAGGACGACAUUGCCAGCCGCAGGAUGGUGCUGUUCGUGUCACGCGUCUUUCCGGUCGACGGAGGGAUCGGGUAUGGGCUAGAGUUGAGCGAUGGAUGGUACGCGGUGCUCACGACCAUCGAUGGCCCGCUUGCCAGUGCGGUCGCACGAGGGAAGAUCACAGUCGGAACGAAGCUCAUGAUCCAGGGUGCAGAGCUAACGAACCAUAGCGAAGGUUGUUCACCGUUGGAAGUACCGCCGGAAGUUCGAUUGAAGAUUCACGCCAACGCCACCCGACGGGUACGGUGGAUGGUAAAGUUGGGCUACUAUCGGCACCCGGCACCGUUCACGAUUCCGUGCAACAGUGUGCUCGAUCGGGGUGGACUCGUCUGUCGUUUCCGGGCGAUCGUCGUGCGUUUGUACCCGUUGGUGUUCGUUGAAAAAUCAACGACCGAAGGCCAACCGUCGACACUGCGCUCGGAGCGGAUGCAGCUGAGACACAGCAAGCGGAACGAGUCUGGCCAGCUGGACAGUCUGCACAAGCUGUACAAUCGGGUACAGCAGGAGCUCGAAGCGGAACGGCGGACCAUCGCGGUUAAUAGGAACUUUCGCCUCACGGAAGCAACGUCGUGCGAGGAACUGCAGGAGCAGUUGGAGAAUGGGCUCGAUGUUUCGUUUUUGGAUAUCGAUCUGAGCAGCUCGCAGAGAGCCCUGAUCGACCGGUUCCAGCAGCAGCGCCAGGAAGCGUUGCAGAACGAAAUCCACCAGCGGGUCAAGGCGCAGCUCGACAAUCGGCCACCAGAUCGAUCCUCCGUUACGGCCCUGCUGAAGGUACGGCUAAUGGAUCCGGUUGAACCGAAAAAGGUGUUUAUGCUUUCGAUAUGGCGCCCUCCCGAGGAUACUCAGACCUUGCUCCAGGAGCAAUCCGUUGUUGAGUUGGGUAACGUGACCGCCAAUGGAACAAAAAAUGGCGCUGUACUGCUGACAACUCACAAGAACACUACUUACACGCGGGACCCCUCAUCCGUUCGGGUGGAAUGUAGCACACUUCAACCCUGGUUUCGCACGAUCACUCCGAUCGGAAGUAUCGACGGGCAAACGUUCGGGCCUCCGUUCAACGAGUUCGACACGGUCGGCAUCGUGGUGCACGUCGGAAUGGUAUUACAUGGCAUUGUUGGAACGAUUGAAGGCUGA